AUGCAAUGGACAGGUGUUAUCGAAGACGGAGCCGAGCCUGUUACUCUGACGGGCACUGUCGAUCAAAUCGCUGCUCAGAUCCAGAAGCUCAACCCGGAUUACUGUUGA